AUGACAGAAGAAGUAUGGGUGGGAACCUGGAGGCCCCAUCGCCCCCGGGGGCCCAUCAUGGCCCUCUACAGCAGCCCGGGCCCCAAGUACCUGAUUCCACCCACCACAGGCUUCAUGAAGCACACGCCCACCAAGGUGCGGGCGCCGGCCUACAGCUUCCGCGGGGCCCCUCUGCUCCUGGCCGAGAACUGCUCCCCAGGGCCUCGCUACAGUGUGAACCCCAAGGUACUGAGGACUGGCAAGGACCUCGGCCCCGCCUUCUCCAUCCUGGGGCGCUACCACACCAAGACCACGAUGACCCCUGGCCCCGGUGAGUGACGGUGGCCCAGCCCAGCCCAGCGGCAGCCACUGCACCCAGAGCCGAGCCGGAGCUGAGCCGGAGCUGAGCCGGAGUCGAGCUGGAGUUGGGGUGGGAGGGAGCACAUCCUUGGCA